UCCAAUAGUACCAUGCUUUCAGACAAUGCUGUCAAACUGGAUUUCAAUAUUGGUAUAUGUCAGUCUAUUAGUGUAAGCAAUUUUCUCAUUAAUCAUUUGGAGCAACUAAAGGAAGAUUGUAAGAUAACCCCACAUAUUAAUCAGGUUGAAUAUCACCCUUUCCAAAGGCCCCAAGAGCGGGUGGAUUAUUGUAGAAGUAGAAACAUUGUUUUUGAAGGCUACUGCCCAUUAGCCAAAGGCAAAGCUCUGACUCAUCCUAAUAUAAUUCAGCUGGCAAAGAAAUAUGGCAAAACCCCUGCACAGAUCUGUAUAUGUUGGAGCAUACAGAAUGGGAUUGUCACUAUUCCAAAAUCUACAAAAAUAGAAAGGAUAUGGGAAAACUGUGAGGUGUUUGAUUUCGUACUAGCAGAAGAUGGUGUUGCAAUUAUAAAUGGAAUGCAUGAGGAGCGGCAUGUUUCCUGGGACCCAAGCUCUAUUGUGUAAAUUGCAAGGUUUUUGAUUUUAGUCUGAGGGGGGAAGAUCUGGAAUUUUUCGAUUCUUUGAACAUCGAUAAAAAACUGAUUCACCUAACCUAUCCAUUAUGGAAAGGAUAACUUCAAACCAGAUUGUUUUAACCCGCAACAACCGAAACACGAAUACAUUUUGAACUGCACAAAACUGUUCCAUAUCUACGUUGUUCUAUUACCUUUAAAGCUCCUGUCAGUAGCUUAUGAUAUUGACUCUUAUAUGCACAAAGUUAAUUAAAUGUGGCUUAGUUUCUCUC